AUGGUUGUGGAUGUUGCUUCUCACCAUAUCGUUCUCGCUCCACCAUAUGCUCCACAGGAUACGCCUCGAGGGUCUCGCGAGUCAGCCGGCGGACCAUGUGCGACCACAACCCACGAAGACAGCAAUUUCGAUGGAACCGGUCUACAUGUUUGGCCGGGCAGCCGUUUUCUCGCUCGCUUUCUGACAGACCCGUCGGGCGCACGGCGGCUGUUCCCUCAGUUUGUUACCGACCAGCCCGGCUGCGCAACCCCGCUGCACGGCGCCGGCAGCAGCUGCGAUGGCCAAACAGACGACAUGCGCGUCACCUUCUCCAACCGCAAGAUGACGCCCUCAGCAGCAGCUGCUGCGGCCGGAAGAAGGGAGAGCAGCCCUAGACCCCGACAUCGAACCGCUCCACAUCAAGAUUAUCGCUGCGUCGCGGUGGACCAAAGGUCGGCACCGCCGACGGUCCUAGAACUCGGAGCCGGCACGGGGGUCUGCGGCAUGACGGCGUCCUUAUCGUUAGGCUGCUCCGUGGUCCUGACGGAUCGAAGGAGCGACAUCCUGGAGAAUCUCCGGAUAAACAUCAACCUGAACGGGCUGGCAACGAGGGCGCGGGUGGCGCGACUUGAAUGGGGGCGAAAUAGUAUAAGCUGUCCCGCAGAGAUACGGGAACUUUCGCCUUUCAAGGUGAUCCUGGGGUCUGACACAGUAUAUCCAGGAAAACCGUUCUCGGACGCAGAGGCGUUCUUCGCUAUGGCAGCGGAGCUUUUGGACCCGGAAGUGGGCAUACUCCUGCUGACCUACACGCCCAGGCAGCCGUCCACAUGCACGGAGAACAUGCUGCGUUGCGCGUAUCGUGCCGGUCUGCGGGGAACUGCGCUGUGGAACGACCACGGGGAUUUCUGGCAUAAGGGAAACGAUCCUCACAGUCUACCAGCACCAGGUGGUGUCGGCAGUCACAACCAUCCGUUGGCAGACCCGCGGCAUGGGAGCUCUGCCUUCAAAGGGGUCGAUUCUUGUCCACGAAAACAAGCGUGGAGCCAGGACGGCGUGGUGGCACUGACAAAGAAUGGCGGCCGUUGGGACGAUGCAAGUGCCGAAGGGGACGAAGUCACCGCCGAGUAUUUGUGGGGCUCCUCCAUGACUGUGUAG